AUGAGCAAGGGACCAGGUCUCUUCUCCGACUUCGGCAAGAAGGCCAAAGGUACGCACACAUCCAUUUCCCUCCCGCUUCCUUCUCUACCUCUCGCUGUUUGCUGCGGCGCCGACGCUUCCUUCGAUCCCAUCUUUUCCUUUGCAGAUUUGCUCACCAGAGACUAUCUCUCCGACCAGAAGAUUUCCAUCUCUACUUUCACUCAAUCUGGAGUUGCUCUUACCUCCAAUGUUGUUGAGAAAGGAGGCCUUUCUUCAGGGGACGUGGCAGCUGAAUACAAGCACGAGAAUGCUACCAUUGGCUUCAAAGUCGACACUGAGUCUAAUGUGACAACAACUGUUAGUGUUACCGACUAUCCAUCAUCCACCAAAUCCAUUGCUUCAGUAAAAUUGCCUGAUUUCAACUCUGGAAAGUUGGAAGUCCAGUAUAACCAUCAUCAUGCUGGUGUCACUGCUGCUCUUGGCCUGAAUAAAUCUCCAUCUGUUGAUUUUUCUGCAACUGUUGGUACUCCCACCAUUGCAUUUGGUGCAGAGGCUAGCUACCUGACUUCUACAGGUGACUUUUCCAAGUAUAAUGCCGGUGUCAGCCUCACUAGGCCAGAUUCCAAUGCUUCCGCUAUCUUGGCUGACAAAGGAGAUUCCAUAAGGGUAUCCUACUUGCAUCAUCUGGAGCAGCUGAAUGGGGGUGCAACUGUGGCAGAGAUCAGCAGGCGGUUCUCGACCAACGAGAACACAUUAACUGUUGGAUGUUCGUAUGUGGUUGACUCUACUACAUUAUUGAAAGCAAAGCUGAACAAUCACGGUGAUCUCGGGGCUCUUCUCCAGCAUGAGAUCAAGGCCAAGUCGUUUUUGACGGUGUCUGGGUCAUUCAACACUAAAGCUUUCCAGAAGACUCCCAAGUUCGGGGUUGGCCUGUCCCUGAAGCCUUGAUUGUUACCUAUUCAAGAUUUUUAUUCAAUGACGACAACGCAAAUUGGGUUCGUUGUUCGAAAUCCAUAUAUAUUUUUCCGAUCAAAGCAAGCAUCCUUAACUUUCUGAUAUAUGACAUUUUUACAGCAAAGAAACAGUUUCGGUACAUUUGCUAGUUCUGUUGGUCCAAACGGUGUGAAAAUGCGAAUUACUGACUCAUGCAUGCCACCUGCUUCUGAUAAAAGAGUAGGAUUUGGUACCAGCCUUGGGGAUACUUUCAUCUUCUAUUUAGCUUUUUCAUUCAUUUGCAACCGGUAGCUUUGCCCGAGCGGAACUUCCAUAGCUGAGACGUAGAUGUAACGGUCUCGUCAUUGCUAAAGUAAACAUUUAAACAUUGAAUGA